GUUGUUCGUGUAGUUAGUGCAAUUUACCGUGUUCGACUUGAAUUUUGUGACCGUUUUAACGAUCAAGGCAACGUUGAUCCGUCGUCCUGUUAUUAUCCUGCCCACGUGAGGAUUGCACCCGACCCGCAUGAUUUCUAAAGCCGGUUUUGUAACUAAAUGUAUGGAAAUGCGCAAAAUUUUCUAGCCACGAUGACACCGUCCAUUUAGGUGUGACAGCUCCGCAUGGCCUGCCGUCGCCGCAAGCAACAACACCAGCAACCGCAGCAGCAGGAACAACCAGCAGGAGGGUCAGCGGGAGACGAGGAGCAGCCGGCGGCGCAGCAGGUCGCGUCCACCCCAACUGCACCAGGCGCUAGACGGGCACCAUUCGAACAGCUGCGUUUCGGAGCAAGGUACGGCGGCAGGUCAGGUCGGGGUAGGCGGUCAGCCGAGGAGGACAAUGGUGAAGACGUUCCAGGCGUAUCUGCCGCCCCAAUGCCAUCGCACUUACUCCUGCAUCCACUGCCGCGCCCACCUCGCCAAUCACGACGAGCUUAUUUCAAAGUCAUUCCAGGGAAGUCAAGGACGAGCUUAUUUGUUCAAUUCAGUGGUGAACGUGGGUUGUGGGCCUGCGGAAGAGCGGGUGCUUCUAACGGGGCUACACGCCGUAGCGGAUAUAUAUUGUGAAUGCUGCAAAACAACGCUCGGUUGGAAAUAUGAGCACGCCUUCGAAUCGAGCCAGAAGUACAAAGAAGGCAAAUUUAUCAUCGAAUUAGCACAUAUGAUCAAAGAAAACGGCUGGGACUGACAUACCUGAAUCAUCGAUCGUCCGCCGGAAAAUGACUGCGAAACAAAACCAGACUUAUUUAAACGUUCACAGACUGGAACUUAACGUAAACUUUUGUUUCCUCGAUUGGACUUAAAUCAGUGACGUGACGUGUCCAAGAACGCGUUUUAGGUAUUAAAAGUGAAUCGGGACAAUGGCCAACCACCGAAAUGGGGGGAUUGUAAUUUUGUCGUUGUAAGUGAGGAAUUUUUAAGAGAUCGUUGUCAAUUUUAUGAAUGUUUCUAAAUGUGGAGCUUCAAGAUAUGCGGCUUUGUAGGUUCUCCUAUCCUAUCCACUACAAUUUUUCUUCUCAAUUUAAUAAAUAAAAACCAAGGUCGAAAGCGCGCACGGAUUUUGCAUCAUUAAUUCGGUGUGUGUCGCUUCGCCCUCUCAACCUCUCGCUUAACAUAUCCCAUUUUCCUUUACACUUCAUCGACUUUACAAUUAAUUAUGAUUAACGUUCAAUGUUACAACCGGAGGUUGACGAGCGGCGCAUAAAUCUGUAAAUUGUGUCUUUCAUUGCGCAGCCGCGUUGCAUUUUAUUAUCAUUAUAAUUAUUUUUAAUCGAAAGGACCAAAACCUCUAAAAGUAAGUUUCGUGUGCUCAAUUCGGCAUCAUCCAAGCGAAUUUUCGACUGUUCUGUAAGUAUUUAAACACUUGUUAAACAAAAAAAAAAUAAUAAAGCUCUUUUGAAAGCAAUCUGUGGUAGUUGAAAUGUGACUGUGUUAUAAUCUGUGGUAAUGAAUGAUGAAUUUAUUGUAAAAUACGGUUCUUUAAUGAAAAAUGGUCUUGCAAUAAUGAUGAAUGGGAAGCUCAAAAACGUGCAACCAGAUUUUAACAUUCACUGGAUACAGAGGUCUAAUUUAUGUUAGACCACUUUUCAUUAUACUUUCGGCAUGUAAUUCAUAUUUAGAGGUUAAUACAAAUUUAUUUAUAUUUCGUGUUACAUGGUUUUCAUUCGUAACUAGAGUUUGAGGAGGUUUGCGACCUUUAUUCUUGUUCGGUUUAUUUCUUGCACAGGCCACGGUUCUAACUUUAGUAUUAUUUAGUAACAAACAAAAUUUGGUAGGGAUUCGAACAAUUGUGGGAGGUUGUAGCUAGAUUUUAUCGCAUGUACUUACUUUUAAACAUCACUGAUUUCUUUAAAUUUUAACAAUUUUUUUGUUCCCACUAGGCUCAAUUUUAUAUAGUGGUUGCCACUAUUGGAUUUAUUUGUAUUCUGUUUUAAGAAUAUUUUUUCGCAAAAUAACCGAUCUCAUUCUUAACUAAUAUUUAGUUUAGCGCGUAGAACCGUUCGAACUGUGGCAUGCGCUUGUUUUAUUUACUAAUUAACUACUCUAUAAAUAUUUUACUAGAUGUAUGUAUCAUUAAAAAGUUAGUUGAAACAACAAUUUCAACGUAUAUAUUUAUACUGGUCGACGUAUAACCCAAAUUAAAUAAAAUAUAUGCUAAAUCUGUAUGGCUAUGUAUAACCUAUUUUUGUAUUUACUCUUGAAAAUAUAAUGGAAAUAAAUAGAACCCCGAGUUUUUUGUAUAUCUUGGUGAAUGAGGGGCCGGUAAUUUUAUAACAUGUAAACUUGUAGAUCUAUACUACUCAAAUAAUAUCCCUUUUUUAAGAACAUUUCUAUUAUUUUGUGAUAGUUUCGUUGUGAUAUGAUUUUCUUCGGUUGAAGUCCAAAUUCUACGAAUAAGGGCUUUGCCGUUUUUUCUUUUAAUUUUAAAGGAGAAGUUGCGAAAACGACUCUAGUUACUUUAAGAGGUAUGAUGAAAACCAAUUCUAGUUGUAAGAUCACGCGGCAAUCUCAUGAUUAUCAUCCAUACUGCCAGUAGUUUUUAGAGGUGUCAUAUAUUUCAUAAUUAACAAUAAUAUUUUGUAUUGAUUUUAAAUAGGUAAAUAUUUUAGUUAAGGUUAGCGCUUUCGUCGCCCCACGUUUUUUAUUGUAAACGCGUGUCGACGGAGCAACAAGAUAUUUAUUUAUCACUAGAAUUUUUGUUUUUUUGUGAAUCAUGCGAAAUUUACAGAAAUAAACGUGAAUAAUCAUA